AUCGUAAAAUCCUCCUCCGUCAGUGCGACUCACAAGGGCCUUACUCACUUUUCUGUCCGCGACCAUGGAGGCCUUCGACACGUACCAGACACCGCUCUCAAGCCGAUAUGCAAGCAAGGAGAUGGCCCAUCUCUUCUCCGCGGCCAACCGCUUCCAUACAUGGCGGAAGCUUUGGCUGAAUCUCGCUAUCGCGGAAAAGGAGCUCGGUCUGCCGGUCACGGACGAGGCCAUCGAGCAGAUGAAGGCGAACCUGCACCUCGACGAGAAGCAGUUCGAGAUCGCCGCCGCAGAGGAAAAGAAGCGACGCCACGAUGUCAUGGCGCACGUCCACACCUUCGGCCAGGUCGCACCCGCCGCCGCGGGCAUCAUCCACUUGGGCGCGACGUCGUGCUAUGUCACCGACAACGCGGACCUGAUCUUCAUCCGCCAAGCACUGACGCUCCUCCUCGGGAAGCUCGCGGUCGUCAUCGACCGCUUCGCGAGCUUCGCGAACCAGUACCGCGACCUGCCCACCCUCGGGUUCACGCACUUCCAGCCCGCGCAGCUCACGACCGUUGGGAAGCGCGCGACGCUUUGGCUGCAGGAGCUGCUAUGGGACUUGCGGAACUUCAAGCGUGCUCGGGACGACCUCGGCUUCCGUGGCGUAAAGGGCACGACGGGCACGCAGGCGAGCUUCCUCGCCCUGUUCGACGGCGACCACGACAAGGUCGAGGAGCUCGACCGCAGAGUGACCGCCCUCUCGGGAUUCACGUACGCCUACCCAGUCACCUCGCAAACUUACUCGCGCAAGAUCGACGUCGACGUCCUCGCGCCGCUCGCCUCGUUCGGGGCGACCGCGCACAAGCUCGCGACGGACCUCCGGCUGCUCGCGAACCUGAAGGAGGUCGAGGAGCCGUUCGAGGCGACGCAGAUCGGGUCCUCCGCGAUGGCCUACAAGCGCAACCCGAUGCGCGCGGAGCGCAUCUGCUCGCUCGCGCGCCACCUCAUGACGCUGCAGCAGAACGCGCUGGCGACGGCGAGCGUGCAGUGGUUCGAGCGCACGCUGGACGACAGCGCGAACCGGCGCAUCACGCUGCCCGAGGCGUUCCUCACCGCGGACAUCGUGCUCACGACGCUGCAGAACGUGUCGGAGGGCCUGGUGGUGUACCCGAGGGUCAUCGCGCGGCGGAUCGCGCAGGAGCUGCCGUUCAUGGCGACGGAGAACAUCAUCAUGGCGAUCGUGAAGGCGGGCGGGGACCGCCAGGAGGCGCACGAGAAGAUUCGGGUCCUCUCACACGAGGCCGCGCACCAAGUAAAGCAGCUCGGGCUGGACAACGACCUGAUCGAGCGCGUGCGCAAGGACCCGUACUUUGACCCGAUCAAGGAUCAGCUCGACGCGCUGCUCGACCCGAAGACGUUCGUGGGGCGUGCCCCGGAGCAGGUGGACAGGUUCCUUGCGGAGUGGGUGCGACCUGCGCUUGCGGACGCAGAGCUGCAGAGUGCGUUGGGGAAGGCGGGCAAGGCGGAGUUGAGCGUGUAGAAUUGUUUAUCUGGGGUAAGUACGAAAAGAAAGGGGAUGCUGCUUAGAGUCUAUGCGACUCAGUUGAAAACGCUCAUGUAUCAGUCAGUCUGUAGACUAGAGUCGAAAUCGCGCUAUGUAGAAGUGUUGUAUGUGACGAAGCUGCAGAGAACGUUUACGAUUUCACUGGCUACGUAGCAUGCUGGGUAACCACGUAUUCACGC